AUGACGGUUCCCACCAAGACAGGAAGCCCAACAGAGGAAAGCCCUCGAAAGCGGAGGAAAAUUGGAAUUACCCUUACUCAAAAACAGGCUCUUAUCGACAACCUUCAGCUAGAGAUUACGGAACGUGCCCGAAAGCUUCGUGCUCAAUAUAAUCUCCAGGCACAAGGUCUACGGACGCGCAUAGAGAUACGCGUCAAUCGCAUACCGAUGGCUCUUCGGAAGGCGAAGAUGGCCGAUCUACUCCAAAAGCACUCAGAUGACCGGAAGCAGAAGCCAGCGGCGCCGUUGUAUGCAGCACCUCUCAACGCGAGACCGCCACCGGUCCCUGAGAAGGAUGCUCAUAUGACGCGUCCGCUGUCACAGCGAUCUGCCCCUCCUGUGAAAGCGCCAGCAACGCGUCCAGGACCGGGCCGACCACCCAAGAGAACGAGUGAUGAGUUGGGAGACACCAACAAGGAGAAUGAGAUUGAGCAUAUUGGGCCGAAGAAGCGCCUCCGCGGCCACCCGGGUCCAGAAGCUGCCCCUAAUCCGUCACAGGUUUUGUCGCCUCAGUCCUCUAAUACCCACGACUACAUCGUCCACAGCGAGCUCCGCAGCUGGCAACACUACAGCUGCCACGCGUGCAAGGAGAGGGGCGGCGGCAGCUCCAUCCACUACCACACGAACGGCUACCACGCGGACCGCAAAGAGAGUUAG